CUGCCAAGUAACCACUAAUGCACAAUUGAACGAUUAGCUAAGGAAGGAGAAAGUUUCAUAGUGAACUAUUGAUCUAAGCUCUGGAAGCUAUGUAAUAGCCUUUUUCUUCUCGCUAGCUAUAUGGUUCUCGCACAAUCGCAUUCUGUAUCUUUGAUUUUGAUUUCUCUUCGUGUAUUCCUUUCAGAUUUUCUUUCGACAUUCUCGAGACAAAGAAAUAUACAUACCUGGUUCAUACUUGCAAUACUUAUUACACAAAUCAAUCAUCAAUCAAUCCAUAAUCCUAAUCCCCAACUCUCUCAACCAUAAUCACCAUCACCCACUCCACCAUGUCCCCCGCGCUCUCCACCUCCCCCGCCUCGCGCAUCCGUCACCUAACCCCCAACCCCCGUCUCCAUCUCCAAUUCUUUCGCAACACCCCCACCACCCCCCACACCCAAGCACCCUCCAUCCAACGAGCCGCCUCUCCUCUCCAACGCCGCCGCUCCUACUCCACCAGUACCGCCUACCGCACACCCUGGACAGGCCGUCCCGCGUCCGAAAACGCAGGCACGGAUGCCCAGACGGAGAAACAUAAUGUGCAGCAUGAUCAGUCGCAGAAGAGCAAGGAGGAGAAAGUGAAGGGGGAGAGUGGCAGUGCGGGGUUGGAGGAGAAGCCCAGUGGGCAGAGUAAGGAUGCGAAGAAGAAGGUGCAGGUGGAGUUUCCAGAGGGAGCGAAGAUGGGUCCGGUUAUUGGGAUGGAGGAUGAGAGGGGUGGAAAAGGUUCUUAAAUCCCAGGAACCCUGGAUACAGUGCUCGUAGCUAGUAUACAACGUUUGAUCGGCAGAAACUGUAUACUACGAGAUUAAGGAUUCAUGGAUAGAUAUGUCGUAUCUGCAUUUGCUUGCUUGCUUGCUUGCAUUCUCUCCAUCUGAACAUCUGAAUCACUAACACUAUCGCUAUCCAUGUACUCAACCCAAAUAUACACAAAAUACACACAUAUGAUCUCUUGAGUAUUUAUCAAAUUGCCAAUUUAUGUAUACGCAG